AUGGACAACAACUUUAUAGUGUCAUCGUCGGAAGCCGGUGAGAUGUGUACCUGGGACCUGGUGGACGGCAAGUGUAGGGAGAGUGUCAAACUGUCGCAGAUACAUACUAAUAUACAGGUAUGGUCCCUUUUGGGGCAUGAGAAUAAACAAUCGGAGCCUAUCUACGAAAACGAAUCGAAACAGAUCCGUUGUCUGAACGCACUCUCAUUAAACUGCUGUGCGUACAACCAACGGACGGUGCUCAUUGUAUGCGCGAAGUAUUGCCAGAUUUAUGAUGCUGGUGACUUCUCAGUCCUAUGUUCGAUCCAAGCGCCACCUGGUGAGCGUUGGAUGUCGGGCGACUUUCUGGCGCCAGAUCGAGUGCUAGUAUGUUCUACGGAAGGAAAAGGAUACCUUUAUAAGCUGCCUGCCAAGUAA